AUGAGGAAUUAUGAGGAACCAGGACGCUGGUGCCACACGGGGUCAGCGGCAGUUAUGAGCGGGGACCCUGGAGACCAGCCCAGGCGAGAACCCCACUCCGUCACUGCCCGGCAUGCCUCAGUGUUCUCAUAUGUAAAAUGGGGUAGUGAGGGCACCAACCUAGCAGUGUGGACACCGCUCGCCAGCAAGACCUUUAAGGGGCUGGAGGUCAGCGUCCUGCAGGCAGCUGAAGGCCGAGACGGGAUGACCAUCUUUGGGCAGCGGCAGACCCCCAAGAAGCGGCGAAAGUCACGCACGGCCUUCACUAACCACCAGAUCUACGAGUUGGAAAAGCGAUUCCUGUACCAGAAGUACCUGUCCCCAGCAGAUCGCGACCAAAUCGCCCAGCAGCUGGGCCUCACCAACGCCCAGGUCAUCACCUGGUUCCAGAACCGGCGUGCUAAGCUCAAGCGGGACCUGGAGGAGAUGAAGGCCGAUGUGGAGUCCGCCAAGAAACUGGGCCCCAGCGGGCAGAUGGACAUAGUGGCGCUGGCCGAACUCGAGCAGAACUCGGAGGCCGCAGGCGGUGGAGGCGGCUGCGGCAGGGCCAAGUCCAGGCCAGGCUCUCCGGCGCUCCCCCCAGGCGCCCCGCAGGCCCCGGGCGCUGGACCCUUGCAGCUCUCUCCAGCCUCUCCGCUCACGGACCAGCGGGCCAGCAGCCAGGACUGCUCAGAGGAUGAGGAAGAUGAAGAGAUCGACGUAGACGACUGAGCAGGCCCGUCGCCUGCAUCGCGGUUGGUCCUCCAGCGCCGAUCACCCGCCGCCUCCGGACGGACCUGACCUCGAGGGGGCCAGGACGCCCCAGCUCCUGCCUCCUCCCUGUCCCCAGGCCUGGACUCUGAGCAGCCGCCUCUUCCCUCUCAAGCAAUAAACCUGGCUGGCGGCUGAGCCGGCGCCACGAGUAAGCGGCCUCCACCGCCCCAGCCCUCGCCGUGCAAUUCUGUAUGGCUUCUGUAUAAAUACUUAAACCUAUAUAGCGAGUCGUUCCGCCGCAGCCUGAAUUUUUCUUUCUUUUAUUUUUUUAAAUACCAGAUAUUUCGAUGUUUGCAAAGCUCUUUGGCUGCCGGGCUGGUGGAGGGCGAGGCAGAGUCGUGAACGAGGAGGAGAAUGAGAACGAGCGCUAACCCUGCAAUUCAGGAAGGGGCAGCUCCGGCUGUUUCGGUUUUUCUCUGCAUGUGGCGAAUGCACGGCCGGCUCCCUCCUGCAUCCCUCAGCCUCUCGCAGUUGACUUCUUUUCUUUCUUUCCACCCUUUUUCCCCGCGUGGGAAGGGAGUGAGGGGACAGCUGGGUCCUGACUUGCAAGUUUCAAAAUCAAUCUUUCCUUCCCCACACCAGGGAGCUAUCUCCGAUGCCAUCUCUGCCUCCGAUGCCCAGACACUAUUUUUUAAGAUUCCUCCCUCCCGCCUGCAUUUUUUCAGACUGACUGCUGAAGUCUGGUUCUUAAUGACAAAGCAGGGGGACAUCCAAUCGACUAACCAUUGGAAACAGAACCCAAAGCCCUAGAAUUAUUUUUUACUCUUUUUAGAAUUUUUUUGCAUGUGACAGAGACAGAAGGAGGCCAAUCCAAGUCCUCUUCCCCACCUCCUCUGCAGGCUGGGUCUCUCUUGCCGUUUCCAACACCCUACUCCUAGCUCCACUUUGUCAGGAAAGGGAGGCCUGAUGACGAUGGGUCCCUCGUGCCCUUUUCCUGCUCCUGCCCUGCCCUCUCCUCCGCGGACUGUACCCAAGGCCUCUUUCUCCGAUAAAU